CUACAGUUAAUUUAAAUGCUGGCCUCUAAGUUAACAUACAAUGUUAAGAUUAAUGGGCGGAAGCAUUUCCUCUUACUAUAUAAAUAUAAAAAAGAAAAUGUGCAGAUUUUACCAUGCUUAUCCAAAACAUAGUUAGAUAAAGCUUCUGUUAUCUAUAAAUGUGUUUAGCUGCUAGACGAUGCAGGCACGACGCCAAAAUUCUGGCAUCAUAUAUUUAUUGUGCAAGCGAAAUAGGUAGUAAGCUAUACUGAUUAAGAAAGGCCUUGUAACCCUCCGAGCACGAGAACCACAUACUGUACAAAUCGGUGUUUAGACCUUGACGUAUCCAGUACCUCGUAACAGAGUAAUGGCGCAAAGUAAACAACUCUAUAGUCGAGAGGAAGCGUGUAGAUAUCCUGAACAAGACAGUCAAAGUGCAGAUACCUUUUCUGAAGUAUUCGACGAAAUCAGUUUAUGUGUAAGACCGGAAGAAGAUCGUGAGAUUAUUAGUUUUGACCCAAACGAUGAUACAGAUGAUUCAUCGUCUGCUAAACCAACCGUUAGCUGUGCAAAAUGUGUGGAGCAUGUACGUGUGGAGGGAGUAUCACAAAUUCUCAGAGGCAAUCAUAUAAUUAUGCCUGGUAAAAUGGUUGGCAACCAGUAUGAUCCAGAACGCCGGGAGCAGAAGUGGAUAUACAUGCACCAUGCCAUUGUAAAAGAUAUCAUAGCUAAGGAUGACCAGAAGUCAGUCGUAGAGCUGAAGUUGAUCCACAUGUGGGAAAACGAACGCGGUGAGCUUGGGCUUUGUGAGUCGAACACGCAAUUCGCCCUUGUAAAUGACGAGUUGUACAUAGUGGAAUAUAAACAUCCAAGAUUUACGCGCGAUCAGGUGGUAGAAAGAGCGGAGAAAGCACUGAAUGACCGGGAAAAUGCUCGUAGUGAAACGAGAGUGAUACGGUUCAGUUGUUACAAUGUGGUCACAACAAACUGUGAACAUUUUGCCACUUGGUGCGUGGUAGGAUUACAAAAGAGCCAUAGAGAUUUGUAUUUCUGGCAACAGAUAGGUCAGAAGGUUGUCGAGAUAGGCGAGAGUGCACAAGUCAUGGAAAUGAAGGCGCGUCUUGUUGAAAUAUUUGGAAAUGCAAGCAGAAUAGUAAAAGGCUUCAAAAUUCUGUUUGAUUCUUCAGAUGAAAUAACGAAAAUAGUCGGAGACAGUAUUAGUGCAACAACAGUAUUAAGCAGCACUGCCGCCAUGUAUGUAUUAUAUUGCAUUAUUAUGACUCUAUACUUUAAGUAUAAGUACACCAGGAGUGAAAUAUGUGCCUCGUGUUUUCGAAACAGUAUAAUGGAUCUUUGGGCUAGAUGUUAUGUGUAUGGAAUCACAUCUGUAGCCACGUUUUUCAUAAUGAAUAGCGGCGUAUCAAUUCCUGCAGUGGUAGGUGCCUUCACGCUGAUAGCUUUGUCGGUGGUUGGUCAACAUUACAUCCCAAAUAUAAGAAAGGCUCUGAUGGCCCCAUACGGGUGCACCAAGACCGCAAUAUAUCGGCUUGAUGACAUAAAUAUCGGAGAUAUUGUCACUAUACAGUAUUGGGGUCUUCCCCAUGACGUCAUUGUGACGGAAGUUCACACAAAUAGCAGUGAUGAGAAAGGCAAGAUUCGAGUUGUUCAUUAUGCUUUGGACUCGCUGUUUACGACCAGAGAAGUUAAGGAAGAAUACUUUACAUUAAGAUCGGUUUCAAAACAUGUUCCUAUCUUGCACCGUCAUGACUGUGAUCAUUUGAAUUUGUUCUCUCCUGAAAUUGCUGUCCUAAGGGCUAAGCAGAGAAUAGGUGAAAGGAAAUGGCAUGGGACUAAAAACCGUUCCGAUCACGUUUGCUACUGGGCGAAAGUCAAGAACUACUUUACUGCAGAUGCCGCAGACGACACGUCACAUGGAUCGUCUGCUUCUCUAGAAGAUCAAGGUCAAUCGAAACUUCCGAGUACCUUAUUUGUGGGCGAGAUGGAGGCACAUCUCAGUAGCGACAUAGAAAUUGGAGACGCUGUAAGAGUUAAAGGUGUUGAGGGAAUACUUGUAUACAAAGAUUGUGGAGAACGGAAAAUGAAAUUGGAGAUUAUCACUGUUAAAGAUUCCGUGAAAAAGCUGAAGCAGUUUGUAAAUCUCAAUACUGACAAUGUUACAGUUUUGAGAUACCAUCCAGUGCAUUGUCAUCCGAAACCAGUACGAGCUGAUCGGGCCAGAUUGGUAAUGGGUCAGAAAAUUCCGUUGAAAAAAUUUAUGGAUUUUUGUUUGUUGCUUAAAAGUUAACUUUGGGUGAUCGAUUACUAGAGUUAGUGUGUUCGACAUUUAUGUAGCGGAAGUUUAAACUGUGACAGUUUUGCGUUGCAAUCUUAGUUUCUUAAUCGAUACGAUAAAUGCAUUUUAUUUUAUGCAACGGUUGAACUAUAUGUAUAUACAUAGAUAAUGUUUAUGUAUUUACUGUGCACAGUUACUCAUAAAAAAAUAUAUAUCAUUGGUUAUAUGA